AUGGUAGUGCUAGAUCAAGCUUUUGAAGCAGGUGAGGUCGAUUUGCACCGAAUCAAGUAUGUUUUCCUCAAGGUCUGCAAAGAGACCUUGAACGGUUCUGUUGCAAUCAUUCUCUACCUUGCCAAUGAAGAGUUGAAGGGUGGCAAAGAUGUCCUUGGUCAGAGCCGUGUGCUGCAGUGGCUCUACUUUGCACACAACCACCUUCUUCAUUAUGCACACCAUGGAAUGAAUUUCCCUCAACUGAAGGACGCCUUGAAAGCUCUGGACAAGCAUUUGCUCAACAACACCUACCUUGCCACUGAAAGGGCAACGGUUGGCGACCUGGCAGUUCUGAGCGCCCUGAAAAACGUCAAGGAGGCAGUGAACGAGCUGCGGUGUGUCAAGAGGUGGUGCACGACUUUGGCUGCCCACCCGAUUGGCAAGCAGGUCUACAAUUAA